UGCGCUUCAACUUGUUCUAUAAAGUAAUUUUGAUAUUUCUUAAAAUAAUUGAAAUCCUUUCGAAUGGUCAAUUCUACAUGACAAACGAAAAUAAACUAUAUUACGUAAACGAUGAUGAAAAUUAUAAUUGGGAUGAAAGUUUAAUUGAAUGCUUAAAACUGAAUAUGGAAUUGGUUACAAUUGAAACGAGCAAGGAACAGGAAGCAUUAAAUGCACUGUUAACAAAUACUAAUAUAUUUACAGAUAUACCAAAAGUGUAUAUAGGUGGUAGAAUGAAUAAAAAUACACGUAACUAUAUAUGGACUUCAACCGGUAAAGAAUUUAAUUAUACUUAUUGGAAUUAUGAUAAAACACAUUUUAACUAUGAGUGUAUUCUGAGCGGUUGGGCUGGGAAAGUGGAAUGGACUGAUAUUGGUUGUUCAACUAAAUAUGGAUACAUAUGUGAACAACAACAACAGCAGGAAAAUGAAUUAAAACUUCAAGAAAUUCACGAAAAGCUCAAAGAAACCUUACGAAUUGAAGAGCAAAAACGUGAAAAUUUACAACAGGCCCUUAACAAAAAUCUUACAGGCCAAUUGCAAAUACUAAUAAAUGAUAACAAACUAAAGAAUCAUGAUCUUAAAGAAAUAAAUGAGAAAUAUAUGCAACAGCAAAUUCUAUUAGAGAAAACAUUACAAGAUAUGGAGCGGAAAUUACAGCAAAUUCUGCUAAAACAACAAGAAUGUCAACAACAACAACAAAUGGAGAAAAUUUUGCAGCAAAAAGGGUUGAAGCCAAAAAUGAGGAGAAGAAUGGAAAAUAUAAUAAUUAUAUUAUUCCAAUUAUUCAAAAUGCAUAUUUACAAUCAAACGCUGCAUUGAAUAAUGACAAUUAAAUAAUAUUAAUAAACAUUGAAAUAUUGGUCGUAUAAAGUAUGUAGUAUGUAUAUAUUCUGUGUCCUGAUUAAACGAUCUGUCCGUCUGUCUGUUGAAAUCACGAUAGGGAACACACGGGAUAAGCUAAACAGUUAAAAUGUUGCAUAAAUAUUCUCUAUUAAUAAGGUUUGUUUGGUAUUAAAAAUAAACAAUAUCGGUCUACGAUUUCGCUUAGCACCUCGAAAUAUAGUUUAAAGAGUCAAUAAUUAGUUGAUGUAUAACUAUCAAUCGUGAUAAAAUAUUGCUCAAUUUAGUUUUAUGUAACCAAAAAUUAUAUUUUAAUGUAUGGUGGACCCUACUUCCCACAUAAGGUCAAUUUCUGAAAAUCACUUUAACGCUCAAAACUGGCUUAAUAAUACAAGUAAAGCUACGAAAUUCGACAUAAACAAGUUUUAUAUAAAGAAAAAUCACUGCAAUCAAUUUUAUGAAGACCGCUUCAUAAUUGACCUUACCUCCCAUAUAAGGUCCCCCUCACAAAAUCACUUUACCUACUUUAUAUGUAGAUUAUAAUUUUUAUAAAAGAAACGCUUAGUCCGCAUACGAUCCGUAUGUGAAAUAAAUACGCAAAGUUCUAUAAAAAUCAAACCAAAUAAAUCGAUUUAAUUUAAUGGAUAAUUCUCUCAAAAGAAGACUAGAAUAUCCACUCCUAAAGUAUGUUAAUGCUAAAUUAUUGAAGUAAUAUUUUAGGGCACCUAUUCCACUUAAGUUAUAUUUUUACAAUA